AUGGUCGAAUAUCUCGAAGAGAAGAUCACCAGCACCGUUGGUGAAACCGAUGAGUUUCGGUUCACAGUCACAAGCUUGAGUUCGAUUUCUGGCGAUUGUGACGUCACUCAAAGAAAGGGGAAGGUCAGAUGUAUCUAUGAUAUGAAAUUGGUCUUUGCCUUUUCUGGUGAAAACUUGACUUCAGAUGAUAAGAUUUCGGGUUCUCUUACCGUUCCUGAAUUUGUUCAUGAUCAAGACGAAGACGAAUAUGUUUUUGAAAUCGAUGCCGAAAACUAUAAACUGGAAAUCCGUAAGGUUUUGGUGCCUCAAGUUUUAAUCAAAUUGCUUGAGUUCCAAACCGAUUUGAUAGCGGCUCAUGAAAAAGAUGUCCAACACGCUACCUAA